UUGAUUGGCUCCCUAGUGGGGAUGGAGCCCGCAACCCAGCACAUGCCCUUGGCCGGCAUCGAACCUGGGACCUCCCACGCCCCACAGGGGGGGAUCUAGCCCGCAGCCCGGGCUCGUGCCUGACCAGGAGCCACGCCGGCUGGGCUGUUCCUGUUACAUUUUAUUGUAAUUACUGCUCAUCACUCCACGGCACUGAGCAUUCCUUGAGGUUAGGGAUGGUGUUUUGUGCAUUUGAGUCUGGCACCUGGGAAGAGCUAAGUAAAUGUAUCUAAUGUAUAAGUAACACGCAGGUGGUCUGUUUUACACGUGUGAACGAGAAAUGGAACCCAGAAUUGCAGAUCGCAGCCUUACUGAGCCCUCCCAGGGCUUCUCGGGCGGUGCUCAGACUCCAGCAUCACUCACCCCCCCAGGGCUCCUCGAAAGACUGUGGGGCCCUGACCCCACCUCCUGUGUAGUAAGUCUUGGUGGAACCAAGGAUUUUAAUUUCUGACUAGUUUCCAGCUGAUGCUGAUGGCCCAGGGGUCAUGGCUUGCAGCCAAGGCUUUAGGGAACAUAUAAUUUUAUUUUAUCGUCUCUAUUUACUUCUUCGCCAGCAAUGGCUUUAGAUUUCCAAAUUUGCCCGCAAUAACAGCUUUAUCCAGCGGCCUGGGAUAAUUACAGAACCCGUUGCCACGACAUUGAAAAGAUCUUUUCCUUGCAGAGGAAUUAUGUAGAUCCGACUGUACGAUGUAAAAGGAAAAAUGUAAAAAACAGGGGGGCCCUCUUGUGACCAUAGCAAUUCAGAAGCCAAGAAUCCAAGCUCCUUCCAGCAGGGACCCAGCCUGGGGCAGGCAUCAUUUCUGGUAGGUGGUGCGGCACUGGGAGAGCUGGUGCCGACUGCUAAUCAUCACACACCCUGCUUCCUUCCUCUUACCCGACACCUCCCUUUCCCACGGCGGCGUCACUGACCGGGCGGGUCCCAGUGCCGGGUAACUUGGCUGCACCUGUUCCCCUUGGUAGUUACAGCGUCGUAGAGCUCUGAUUCCUCUCUCGGGGCGAGAGUUCGUGAGAAGAUUGUAUUUGUUACUUAUUCAUUUCGUCAGGGUUGAGUAUUCUUUGUCAUUUUUCAAUUUAGGUGUUCUAAAUGGUUGAAUAACCACUGAUUAUUUCUGGACCUGACUGGUUUAUAACUUCAGAAGGAACCAUGGGAAGCCAAGAAUUUAUUGUACUGUAUACUCAUCAAAAGGCGAAGAAGUCAAAAGUGUGGCAAGAUGGAACUUUGAAGAUCGCUCACCUAGGAAACAAAGCGAUUUUAUAUGAUGACAAAGGAGAACGCUUGGAGAGCUUAUUUCUGACCCGCCUUGAGGUAAAGCCUGGAGACGGCUUAGAAAGUGAGCGGUACUUAAUCACAGUGGAGGAGGCUAGAGCUGCUGGGAGCACCGCUGCCAGCCAGGAGGACAUUCAGGAGGCACGAGGGUCCCGUCCACCGCGGGCCAUGCCCUGCGGCCGGUCCCUCGGGUGUCAGCCCGCCGGUUUGAAAAGGAAGUUUCCUGGUUUUCAAGGACCACGGCAAGUGCCAAAGAAAAUGGUUAUUAUGGAAAAUGGCGAGUCAGCCGCGUCACUUGAGGCUGCAGCCCCUGGCCCUGCUCUCCUCGCUCCGUUCUCGAGCACGCCUCCUCUGUUUGCUGCUGCUGGCAGGAAAGAAGUCAGCAGCGUGCCAGCAGACCUCAGGAACAUUGUCGUCCGCCAGGACGGGAGGAGUGGCCCGCCGGGCUUUCCCGUCGGCUCUGCCCCCUCCUCCAGGAGUAACCCCGAGAGGCUGAGGGAGGAGGGCCAUCUUUGCUCGCCUGUCAGUUCUGCAGUCAAGGCCGCCGUUUCUUUCCUGCCUGACGAGCCCACGAAAGGACAUCGCUGGGCACCUCGCUGUUUAGGAGUCACACAAAACAUCAGGAGCAAAGCACAGAUCCUAGCUCUUCUGAAGUCCACGCCAGCCAGUGUGUCUGAGGAAGUGGAUGCUGAGAUGUCAGCCCAUGUCCCUCGAGCACAACCACAAGGAAGCUUACACAUUCCCACUACACCAAAGUGCUUCGUUGAACAGGGAGCGUGUGCUGCGGGGAGAACAGAGAGCUUACAGUGCCGGCGACCCCCAGAAAGCCCCGCGAGCAGGGACAGCCGGUGGGCUGUGUACUUAUCCCCACAGCCUUCGCCUGCUCGUUCUUCUGCUGUAGCUGGAGAUGAGCUGGAAAGGGAGCCCCAGGCUCAGGGAGAUGACCUCAGUUUAAAUCUGAGAGACUUUUUGGAACAAAAAAGGAUCCAGUUAUUCGAAACGGGUGCUGAAAAUGUGGAAAAGUUUAAUGGAGACAAGCUGGUAGACAAUGCCGAUUCAUCCUGGGAUCGGGAGGUAAAAUUAGAAAUUCCUUCAUUCGGUGAAAGCUUAUCCGUUACCUGUGGCGAUUUGGGAAAGGAUGGCUUAGUGUCAGGGUCCGACAUGCAAGGAAGUAUUCCAAUGCCCGUUAAUCGGAAUGACCAGGUGUGCGUAAGAGGAUCCGUUCCUACAGAAAAUGCUCAGGAGACAGAUACCUGUGGGACGCCAGAAAGGGCGUGUAAACAAGCAGAGUCUCACCUGCCGGCAUCUGAGCGUCUGCAGUUUGAAUCUUCACUGAGUGACAACUCUCAGAUCUCUGAAGCCGUCACUGACAUGUUUUCUAGGACGAAUACUGACAGUGAAAGUUUUAGUAUUCAUGGACCUGUGAGUCAUGUGACACAGCCAGUUUUGGAGGUAAAUUUUAAUCUGAACAAUUUUGAAACCAGUGACACGGAAGAGGAACUCCAGGAAAGCAACAAAAUGUCCCAGGACCCAGAGGAUUGGGAAAGGGAGGCCUUGGCUGAUGCCUGCAGUUCAGGGGUUCAGAGGCGAUGUGAGGGUGUGCCCUGUGAGGAGGGUGGCGGUGCACCCUUGCCUCUCUUAACGCCUAUUGGGGGUAAACCUAUAGAGCCGUUUCCUCCCCCAGAGACCCUGCCGCCACAGCUUUGUGGGACAGCUGCACCCACUGGGGAUGAAGCCGCGGGGUGCAGUGCCUGCACUGUAGGGUGGACCGGUGAUGUGGAUGCAGGUAAGGAAGCUGCCAAUAGCCCUACCCACAAAGUCAGAAGUGACUGUGAUUUUGCUUCACUCCCAGAUAAAUCUAAAGGCAUAAAUUCAAAUUUAUAUAUUCCUCAUUUUUUAGACAUAGACACUAAUCAGACUCCUGAAAGCAACCUAUUUUCAGAACAGACACCACCUCGGCCUUUUUUUAUGGGAUGUGACUUAGAUACAAACGAUGAACAGGUUUUACCGUCAGCCUCUGGCAGUGACGACAGUCACCAACGAUUAAAUGCCAGUCAGAGUCACCUUGACGAAUGUAUUGCUCUUGAUAAAUCAGCCCCCCAAGUUUCCAGUUCUUUGUUUUACCCUCUGGGGGGAAAGCAUCCUGUUUCCAGAGACACAGGAGCACAUAUUGCUGAAUCUGAAGAUUUGGGAGGGAUUCCGAGUUUAUCCCAUGACCAUGUUGAAGUAGAUGCUGCUGGAGCAAGCAGACAGUCCUGGAAUCGUCCUAGGAAUUCUCCAGAACUCUCUGGAUUAGUAAACAGUAUUUCCCUUUUAAAGUCACUGUCUGAACACAGUACAGCUUUAGAAGGCUUGGAAAUGCUGAGAAAGAAGAGUCCUGCCUUGAAACAACAAGCAGCCCCGGAGACGCAGCCCGAGAGCAGCCCUGAAGAAUCACUGGGCUUUGUCUCUUCAGCCGGGAAGCCGUUGACUGUCGUCGUUUCGCCAGCCGGUCCUCCGUUUCCUCCUCUGAGCCAGGAUUCCCAACUGUGUUGUGCUCCCAGGACAAUGAGAGAAAAUGACCAAGUGGACCCAGGUGGACCAGCGCAGUCUCUGCCGUUCCUUUCCUUGGGAAGUGAAGAAGAGACCGUCUUUCCAGCUGUUACUCCUACACAAAUAGAGAGAACCACCUGGGACCCUCAGCCUGUUGAGUUCCAAGGGCACCAAGUGCAGGGGUCGGCGACCAGCGCUGUGAUGGUCCGAGGGCACUGCCCGCCGCUGGGCUGUAGCCAGCUCCCGGGUCGCCCCGCGCACAACAGCUCCACGGCCGACGCCUGUGCUUGGGCGGCCAAGCUGCCUUGCGCUUGUGCGCAAGUUGACUUCUUGCAGGUGCCCCCGCCCGCACAGGAGGGCUCAGCACCAAGCCCCGCGGCCGCCUUCUCUCUGGGCUCACACGACGAGGCCUUCCUGCUAGAAGUCCCCGAGGGGGCCCUGCCAGCAAGACCGUCACCAGGUGGCCUUCCCUUCCUCCUCUUGCAAGGAAUGGAAAGGUUCAGUUCCCUGGAGAGCCAGCACCUUCCGAGGCUGCCUUCGUCCAGCAGAGCCCGAGCUGCGCUCGUGACUGCGCCCCCAGUGGAUGCGCCCCCCGACGGAGACCCUGGGCCCUGGGCCGCCGCCUGGGGCUGGCAGCCGGCUCCCGGCUCCCCCGGUUCUCCCCUGUUCAGCCUGUGUGAGGAGCCAGCCGUUCUCCCUCCCAGCCCUGGGCCUGAGGACCAGAGUGAAACCCUUUUGUGUCAAGUGUCCAUGGAGGCGACCCCAGGGCGUGUUUCACUUCAUGGAAUGUCUGCUCGAAGCAAGUGGCUGAAAUACCAAAACACGCCCCCGUGCGCCUUGCCGACUCCCGGCCCACCUGAGGCAGGUGCCACCGAGGACGGCUUCCCUGCGGCGGCCAUGGGGCUGUGCGGUGGUGACGCAGGCGAGAGACGCAGCGAUGCUGGGGACAGCUCCGCAGGCCCCACGCCUCUGCAGAGGGUGAGAGGCCAGCUCCAGCGGCAGCAGCAGGGCGUCGGCACGCGGGACUUUGUUUGUGGAAGGAAAGCGCUGUCUUUGAGGCUGGAGUCUGCAUCCGAGGCUGAGGACGCUCGGGAUGUGUGGGAAGAGUCUGCGUGUGCGACAGGCGUGCAGGAGAUAAACGUCUCUGAGCUGUGCUUCCCCAGUGGGCGGGAGAUAAUAUCUGCUCCUCUUCCCCGAAGGCAGACGCGCGUGCCCGCUGUCUUCCAGUCUCCUGCUCACUACAAGCAGGUCUUCACCUCCUGUCUCGUAGAGCAUCUGAACAUUCUGCUGUGCGGGCUGGCACAGAGGCUGCGCAAAGCGCUCUCCGCAGUCGACCUGUCAUUUUACACAUCGUCCCUCGGAGCGGGAGGGGGCGCCGCAGGAAGCAGGGUGCCGUCCUGCCGCCACCAGCGGCCCGCAAAGCUCGUCAUGGUGAAGAAGGAGGGGCCCAACAAGGGCCGUCUCUUCUACGCCUGUGACGCGCCCAGAGCGGACAGGUGUAACUUUUUUAAGUGGCUUGAAGAGGUGGCCCCAGGACACGUCACACAGGCGGACUCUCCGCCCGCCCUGGUGUUAAGUGACGUGAAGAGCAUCGGCGUGUACCUGAGAAGCCAGAGCGUCCCCGUCUACGAGGAGUGCCAGCUCUCGGUGAGAAAAGGAUUUGAUUUUCAAAGAAAACAGUAUGGCAAACUAAAGAAGUAUACGACCGCACACCCUGAAUUGUAUCCUGAACCUAAAAGCAAACUGUAUCUCAAGCUGAGUCGGAAGGAAAGUUCUUCGGCUUAUAGCAAAGACGAUCUGUGGGUGGUCUCCAAAACCCUGGACUUCGAGCUGGACACGUUCAUCGCCUGCAGCGCGUUCUUCGGGCCGUCGUCCGCCAACGAGGUGGAGCUGCUCCCUCUGAAAGGCUACUUCCCCUCCCGGUGGCCCACGGACACGGUCGUCCACGCCCUGUGGGUCUGCAAUGCUAGCACGGAGCUGACCACCCUGAAAAACAUGCGGGAGCACUUCAGCCCCGCGACCCUGCCUCUGACGCAGCACCUGUUGGCCAUGCCUUCGUCAGCUGCAGUCAGCAGUAAGAGUGUGGAUAAGAGAAGAUUCGUCCCGCCCGCCUUCUCCAAUACCCACACGCACUGUGAGCUGCCCGGCCCAGGAGCAGCCCUGCAGUUAGCCAGCGCCUUCAUCCAGGCCCACCAGCUGAACGAGGACCAGGCUUCCGCUCUCGCCCAGAUAGCACGCAUGGUGGCGGCGCGCGGGCCUGCCGAGGCGGGGCAGGGGCUGCCCGCCUGCCCCCUCCCCAUCACCAUCGUCCACGGAGUUUUUGGAGCAGGAAAGAGCUACUUGCUGGCAGUGGUGAUUCUGUUUCUGGUGCAGCUGUUUGAAAAGAGUGACGCUCCCGCAGCGGGACGUGCACGGCCGUGGAAAGUGCUGGUUUCUUCUUCCACUAACGUGGCUGUGGACAGAGUCCUCCUCGGGCUCCUCAGUCUUGGAUUUGACAAGUUUGUCAGAGUUGGGAGUGUUAGGAAGAUCGCCAAGCCGGUCUUACCUUACAGCUUGCAUGCUGGCUCAGAAAAUGCCAGUGAGCAAUUGAAAGAACUCCAGGCGCUGAUGAAAGAAGACCUGACUCCCAUGGAAAGAGUCUAUGUGAGGAGAAGCAUCGAGCAGCAUAAACUGGGGACCAAUAGGACGCUCCUGGGGCAGGUCCGCGUGGUGGGCGCCACCUGCGCGGCCUGCCCGUUCCCCUGCAUGGCCGGCCUGCGGUUCCCCGUGGUGGUGCUGGACGAGAGCAGCCAGAUGACCGAGCCCGCCUCCCUCCUCCCCAUCGCCAGGUUUGAGUGUGAAAAGCUGGUUCUCGUUGGGGAUCCCAAGCAGCUUCCCCCCACGAUCCAGGGAUCGGAGGCGGCUCACGGGAACGGGCUGGAGCAGACUCUGUUCGAUCGACUCUGCUUGAUGGGUCACAAGCCAGUUCUGCUGAGAACCCAGUACCGCUGUCACCCGGCCAUCGCCGCUGUGGCUAACGGCCUGUUUUACGGAGGUGGCCUGAGGAACGGCGUCUCGGAGGCCGAGAGGGGCCCGCUGCUCACCUGGCUGCCCACCCUGUGCUUCUACAAUGUCCCGGGGCAGGAGCAGAUGGAAGGAGGUAACAGCUUUCAUAAUGAGGCGGAAGCCGCUUUCACCCUGACGCUGAUUCGAGCUCUGGUUGCAGGUGGAAUCCCAGGCACCAUGAUCGGGGUGAUAACGCUGUACAAGUCCCAGCUGGGCAAGCUGUGCCACCUGCUCGGGGCCGUGGACCUGGACCGCCCGCAGCUCGCGGCCGUGCAGGUGUCCACCGUGGACGCCUUCCAGGGGGCCGAGAAGGAGGUGGUCGUGCUGUCCUGUGUGCGCACCAGGCAGGUGGGCUUCAUCGACUCAGAGCAGCGCGUGAACGUGGCCCUGACCCGUGGGAGGCGGCACCUGCUGAUCGUGGGGCACCUGGCUUGUCUGCGGAGGAGCCGGCUGUGGGGCCGCGUGAUCCAGCACUGCCAAGGCAGGGAGGACGGGCUGCAGCAGGCCAGCCGGUGCGAGCCGUGGCUGCGGCGGCUCCUGGAGGAGCGCGCGGAGAAACUCGCGGGAGAAAAGCAGAAGAAAGCCAGUGGGAGAGACGGCUGUGAAGAUGCGUCUCCUUCGCCUGGGAACGGACCUGUGCAGGGCCUCAGUGUCCGGGACGCAGGCCCGCCUCGCGCCCACGUGCCUUUUUAUUCCCCCAAACCCGUUCUCACAGAAGACUAAGGCUACUUAAGUCACAUUAGAUAGAUGCCCAUAAAUACUCUUCAAAAGUAUAUGUUACUUAGGCUAAGAUGCUGAAGGUGAUAGAAAAGCUUAUAAUAAAAUUUUUCUAAGAAUUUGCUUAAAAAAUAGUGUUACACGGGGCAGGGGAAGCCUCAGGGCUUUUCGAUGUUGCUUCAGAAGUGAGCGAAUCUCUCAGGCUCACCUGUUAGAACACAUACCUGGUUCUGCCAGCACCCGCCCGGGUGACGCUCCGCCAGCCUGACCCGUCGCCUGCCACGCGGUCAGCAAGCAGGGCUCUCGACGAAGCAUGUCUGUCCCCGAGGAGAAGCGGCCAGGCCGGGCCAUGCGCGCCCCUGGGGUGGACAGUAAGGAAGGAGCGAAUGGCUGCCUUGGGUUCACUUCCUUCUAGCCUUUCCCUCAGCAUUUAUUUGCCCAAUAGUUAUUGGUGUAGAUGGUAUAUAAUGGGUUUUAAAAAUAUUUAUUACAGAAAUUCAUCUGCUUGUGGAAAACCAUUGCUAACUUGGUGCCUCCACCCUUUUCUGUGCUUAUGUUCUAUGUGUGUGUGUGUGUGUGUAAAUGAAACAGUUUGCCAUGGUUUUUAGACACUAUUACAAGGGAACAGUGAUUAGUCCUACAUGGAAAAUGGCGAGGGCUGGAUGGUACUUAUGCCAGUGAUGUCCGUACCGAUUUAAAGACGUCUGUGGCCCGGGUCGCUCAGAGUUCAUUUUAUCUACUUAUUAUUUAUUUAUUUAUUUACUUGCUUAUGCUAAUCCUCACCAGAGUAUCACUUGCUCCAUGACUUUUAGAGAAAGGGGAAGGGAGACGAGUGAGAGGACAUGGGUGUGAGAGACACAUCGGUUGGUUGCCUCCUGCAUGCGCCCUGACCAGGGCCAGGGAUUGAGCCUGCAACUGAGGUCCAUGCCGUUGACGGAAUCGAACCCAGUCCACAGGCCAACGCUCUAUCCAUGGAGCCACACCAGCGAGGGCUAUUUUUUUAAUUUUUGGUAA